UUUAAAGGGGUUUUGUUCCGGUUCACUAACAUCUUAAAGGCUGUGACAAAGAGAGAGUUAAAACCAGAGACAGUUUAUGAAAAGGACUUGGCCUACCAGGCUGCACACCUCCAUUAUGUGUCAGUACGCAACUAUUUUACUAUACGUCGUGGUAUCGUGGCAAGUGAGGAGAGUGUAUGCUCAGUAUCAGAACAUUCCGCCCAAUCAAAAUGCUGCGUACAAUCCGCCAUCCGGAAUCGAACAGAUUGCUGCGCACCAGCAACAGUGGUUCUCCUUUAACUCCGUGAGGCGGGCUGAGACUGAGGAGAAAAUUGACAAGUUGGAGGAGCGGUUGCAGGCCGUGCAACACCAGUUUGAGUCUCAGCUGCAGACGUUACAAGACCUUCAGGCACUGGAGAAGGAACGGAUACGAGCCUCCAAGAGGAUCAUCAAGCCCAUCUUCGAGAAGAUCGGCUCCAGGUACUUUUACGUUGAGUGGCAUGACAAAGUGAACUGGUACACUGCAUUCAUAACGUGUCGGCAAAUGGGCGGUCACCUGGCCAAUAUCCGGGACUCCAAGGAGUUCCACGAAGUGUUUUCGAAGUUGCCCCACAGCUCCUUCUGGAUAGAUAUUUCGAGCUCGCUUGAUAAUGGCCCUUACUAUUCUACACUGACCGGAAGAAGCCCCCCCUUCGUGAAGUGGAAACCCGAUCAGCGCAUCAGUCCUCACAGCCACUGCGUUGAUGUACAUAAGGGGGCAAUGUAUAAGGAGGGUUGUGGCAAAAAGUUUUUCUUCGUAUGCCAAGCCGAACCGUGGUACUGAAACCCGACAAUCAGAAGAACAUUUAUCAGAAAUAAAGUAAUGCUUAGUACAAGUAA